AAAUGCGGCUCAGAUGCACCCCGGCAGGAAACAGGAAAUGUAAAUGCUCGGGUGAAGCAGGGAGCCCGCCGAAGCCCCUCGGGUGGCAGCCACGCCGAGGUAACAUGCGAAAGCAAAACCUCAUCGCGCUGCUUUCUGCCCUGUCGCUGGCCGGAGGAUCUGCCAGUAACAGCUCUGAAAAUGUUGGAUCAGGCGAUGGAUUGCUGAUAUUAUCCACCGUUACAGUAAUGCCUCCUCCUUCUACGCAUUCUUCGAUCACGGAUGACCACGUGCCAGUUCUCGUCAGCGUAAGUGCCACUGAAAGCAGCUUUGAAACUGAAACCACUCCAAGCACUGAACUGGACACGGACAGCCCCGAAGCUGUGGAACCCUCCAUCCUGAUAUAUGUCGUCCCUGUCGUGCUGCUGGUCCUGCUGAUUUUGCUGACCAUAUUUUUUGUAAUGCAUCAUAAAAGGAAAAAGUCUAAGCAAGAUGAGCUGGGAAGCGAAAAUGUGAAAAGUCCUAUUUUUGAAGAAGACACGCCCUCUGUUAUGGAAAUAGAAAUGGAAGAGCUUGAUAAAUGGAUGAACAGCAUGAACAAAAAUGCUCCACCGCAUGAAACCCAAGCUGCUCUUUGCUGCCAGCACCGUUCAUCAUCUACAUCCUCUCGGCCCACGGAGCAAUUAGUACCUGCGCUGACUGUGAAUGUUUGCCUACUGUAAGAGAAGAAGAAAAAGAAUCAAUUGCCAACCCAAGCGAUGGUGAAUCAUGAAGUCAGAACAGCAAAGAACUGGUUAAAGGGAAGCAGCACGCAAGAUAAUGAUCCCCCAGAUAUUGGACGAACUGGAUUUAAAUAUAAUUCCUCUCAAAAGGCCAGAGAAGCAAAUGCUUUUGUUGUGUCCUGCUACAUACAGUCUUCAGAACAGAAACAUCAACACCAAGGGGAAGAAAAAAAAGAGAAGGAAAAAAGGAAAAGCACCAUAGUGAGAUUAGGGGCUGAUUUAAAUUCCUUCUGCAAUGAUAUUCAUCACAAAUUAAGAGAAGCCUCUUUCCCCCUGCCAAGAGUUCUCAAAAUAGUCCAUGUUUCAGUCUAGUUCUUCAGUUGUGUAUCAUGCAGAACCACUUGGUGGGUUUCUUUGUAUAUUUUGUGGUUUCUUUUUUAAAAAAUAUAAACAGCAUCCAGAAUUGUGGACUACCCUGGUUUGGUGGAUGUGAAGCUUGUGCCUAUGCAAUGGUGUUUUUUUCAAUUUGCUUUCUGGUAACAGUGCACUGAUUUGCACAGGACCUUCUGCUGGGGAGGCACCAGACUAGGACUGACAGACCAGCUCUGAGGACAGACAGAGCAGCUGAAAAGCCUCUCAAAGGAUUCAAUGGAAAAAACUGCAGCCCAGCAAGGGCAUGGUCUUUGUAGCAUGCUUUUUGGUUUUCAAAUUAAAGGCAUUGUAGAAGUGAAAAAUAAUAUUUUGAGAUUGCCUUUCAGUUCGUUAUCUCCACAGAUGGGUGCCCUGGGCUAGCUCUCACCAUUUAACCCACCUCCCUGCCCAGGGCUGUUCUCUAACAACCACCUAGUUGAACAAUAUUAAACUUUAAAACUUUUUUUUUU